UCCAGCGCGUUGGAAACUGUGUGUGUGGGGCCCCAAAGACGUCAAUGAAACGUCAAAAUGAUACAGGAAAUCCUUUGAAUAAACCUCUGGGUAGAAAAAAGAGCCGUAGAACAGAAACCAUAGGCUACUUCUUGGGGAAUAAUUAGAAAGGACAAGUCUGCAAGCUUAUGCUAGUUGAGAAUACAUUUACAUGAAUCCUAGUCAUUGUGAAGUUCACAUUUCAGGAAGGCUGGUGUACUAGUCUAAUCGUUUGCACUUGCAAGGUAGUGUGGUUAGUCUUUAGAGACCCAAGAGAGCGUGAAGUUUCAGUGACUCAUUAAAAGUCGUAAAUUAUUUUUCGACGUAGCCUACGUUGUUUUUGCAAUAAAGUAAGCUGUAAUAGUUAUUCUAGUUCUAUGAGUAGGCUACAGAUAUAGCCUAUAGUUUAGGAUGUGUUUUAAUCAUUGCAGAAUUUUAUAUACAGGCUAAUUUAAAUCGACACAGUUUACAUGAUGACCUAGCCUACUGUAACAGGCCUGUACGAUCUCAUCCUUUAUCUUAAGCUACAUUCUGGAUAGGCAGAUGUAUGAUACGUUAAGCUAUUCCGUGGGUCUUUCCUUGAGUUGAACACUACAGUUCAAACGAUCAGUUAACUUUUUAAAAAAAUAUGCUAGGCUUUACAACGCAUUAUGAAUUAUGUUUUUCAGAACGACAGGAGAAGCUACCCUGGACUUUGUAAUGUCACAUCCUUGUUUUUGUGUGUACCUGUUUGAAUUCUGUGACCAUGUUCUCUCGUAGCCUGUGUAAUAAAAAUGGUCUUUUUCAUUUGCAUACACGAAUUUUGUGCAGAAUUAGCCGAUGCACAAUGCGUUGUUAGAGCACGUUUAUGGACGGGGUCGUGUUUUAAAUUCCUAUAGCCUAUUAACAGGCUAUAGUUUUUUUCAGUUGACUCAAUUAAUCACAUUUUUGUUCAGGAGUUAUUCUACAUUGGAAACAGACAUGGCUUUGAAGUGGCUUAUUCUACACACCAGGCUGCUUUGCACGCACCAUGCGCGCGCGCUCUCUCUCUCUCUCUCUCUCACACACACACACACACACACACAGAGACAGACGCGUGCUGACGUCUCGAAGGCAUUUAGGCUGUCUGCCUCUGCUGCAGCGGCUAUCACAGCUUUAUUUCUUAUAGUUUAUCAGUUUAUUUUUGCUGACGAAAGACCGGCUACUAAGGCAACCAGUUUAAUGAACAUGGCUGAACAUUUGAUAUUCGAUACAUUAUGUGUAUCAGUGAAAACGGGUUAUUUGGAAUGAUUCUGUUCAGUCAGAAGAGGAUUUGUGUGAUAAGAUCCUGGGCUGAAUUGUAACACAGCUUGCCGUCUUAUGUCAAAAAAGAAUUUUUUUUAUGAGCUAUGGCAAGGUUUCGAUAAUUGCUUGUUUGAUUCACGCAAUUGCAACAGCAUGUUCCCAUUGCUUCCUUAUGGCUAUCGAGCGAAAACAACUCGGUAAAUUAGGCGUUAAUGAUGCGACCCCUCCGUCAGUAUUGAGUCUAUGGAUACCUCUAUCGCAGUUUGUUAUUAUUUUUCAUAGAAGUCUCAAACGGUCCUGCCUCAUCGCCGCUAUUAUAACGGAGGAUGUCCAACCCUGAGAAAUUACUCCCAUCACGCCCCCAAUCCCCCCUGACCGCUGGGAAAACACACAGAUCCGGAGACAGCGUUCACGUCCACAGCAGCAGUGUGUCUCCGGAGGGCGGUUGGGCGGGCGGCGCAGCUCUUUACGCAGCGACACCCAGGAACAGCAGCAGCAAUCAGGGAGGAGGAGGCAACAACACCGCGGCCAGCAGCGCAGUCCUCCGCGAUCCCUCGUCUGCUUACCCCGCGUUCUCCUCGCCGUCGCCUUCCUCUCCCUCUGGACCACCACAGAAAGGAGGCGGACCGAGUGGGGGCAGAGCGACAUUGCCUCUCCCGUACUUGCUGCGCACCAUUCACGGCUUCCCCCUCCACGGACUAUUAGGACUUCAUCCCUCCGCGUCCUGCUCGGGUUAUUUCCGUAAAAGCGGAACCGCCUUCAGCAGGAGUCCCCUACGAGGCACGCUUUUCUCUGCCGCUCUUCCCCUCCUGCGCCUGCGGUCAGACAUGGAAGAUGGUCCGCCUUCAACAAGCUGUUUCAGAAGGUUGACUGACUGUUUUCUCGGUUCAAGUCUGACGGAUGAGAAGGUGAAGGCCUACCUCUCGCUCCACCCACAGAUGCUGGAAGAGUUUGUGUCUGAGAGUGUGAGUGCCGAAACGCUGGACAAAUGGCUCAAGAGGAAGAACAGCAGCAGACCUGCAGACGACCCCGCCACAAAAGAAGUCAGCAGGCAGUACCAGGACACCAACAUGCAGGGCGUGGUGUACGAGCUCAACAGCUACAUGGAGCAGCGGCUGGACUCGGGGGGAGACAACAAGCUGCUCCUCUACGAGCUGUGUAACAUCAUUAAGACAGCCACAAAAGCCGAUGGGUUUGCACUUUACUUCCUGGGAGAAUGCAACAAUAGUUUGUGUUUGUUCACCCCAACGGGGGCCAAAGAGGGGCUCCCGAGCCUCAUUUCCUCCUUCCCCAUCACAUUUGGUACCACCAUCGCCGCCCAUGUCGCCAAGACACGCAAAACAGUGCUGGUGGAAGACAUCAUGGGGGAUGAGCGCUUCCCCCUCGGCACAGGGCAGGACUCAGGGAUCCGCGUUCAUUCUGUUCUGUGUCUCCCCAUCCUCACCGCCAUCGGCGACCUCAUCGCCAUCCUGGAGCUGCACCGGCAAUGGGGCCGCGAGCCCUUCAACCUCAGCCACCAGGAGGUUGCAACAGCUAACUUAGCGUGGGCCUCAGUAGCCAUUCACCAAGUGCAGGUUUGCAGAGGCCUUGCCAAACAGACCGAGCUCAAUGACUUCCUCCUAGACGUGUCAAAAACGUACUUCGACAACAUUGUGGCAAUAGAUUCUCUACUUGAACAUAUUAUGAUAUAUGCAAAAAACCUGGUGAAUGCGGACAGGUGUGCACUCUUCCAGGUGGAUCACAUAAACAAAGAACUGUACUCUGACCUAUUCGACAUCGGAGAGGAGGACGAGGGGAAGCCCGUUUUUAGGAAAACCAAAGAAAUUAGGUUUUCUAUAGAGAAAGGAAUAGCCGGCCAGGUGGCCCGGACGGGAGAAGUCUUAAAUAUUCCAGAUGCCUAUGCAGACCCUCGAUUCAAUAGAGAGGUGGACCUCUACACUGGCUACACCACUAGGAACAUCCUGUGCAUGCCCAUCGUGAGCCGGGGGACUGUAAUAGGUGUCGUACAGAUGGUGAACAAGCUGAACGGAAGUGCCUUCACGAAAACCGACGAGAACAACUUUAAGAUGUUUGCUGUAUUUUGUGCUCUGGCCUUACACUGUGCAAAUAUGUACCAUCGGAUCCGCCACUCGGAAUGCAUCUACAGGGUGACCAUGGAGAAGCUGUCCUACCACAGCAUCUGCACGUCUGAGGAGUUGGAGACCCUGGCCGAGCUCAACCUCCCCACACCCAUGUACAAGGAGAUUGAACUGUUCCAUUUUGACAUCAGCCCCUUUGAGGAGUUCUGGCCUGCUGUCUUUGUGUAUAUGAUCCAUAACUCCUGUGGGAAAACUAGCUUUGAGCUGGAGAAACUGUGCCGCUUCACCAUGUCUGUGAAGAAGAACUACCGGCGUGUGCCCUACCACAAUUGGAAGCACGCGGUGACAGUGGCACACUGCAUGUACGUCAUUCUGCAGAAGGUCUCGGGCAUCUUCACAGAGCUGGAGAGGAAAGGUCUGCUAAUAGCCUGUCUGUGUCAUGACCUGGACCACCGGGGCUACAGCAACAGCUACCUGCAGAAGUUUGACCACCCGCUGGCAGCACUCUACUCCACCUCCACCAUGGAGCAGCACCACUUCUCCCAGACCGUGUCUAUCCUACAGCUGGAAGGGCACAAUAUUUUCUCCAACUUGACUUCCAGCGAGUACGAGCAGGUCCUGGAGAUCAUCCGCAAGGCCAUCAUCGCCACCGACCUCGCCCUCUACUUCACCAACCGCAAGCAGCUGGCUGAGCUGCACACCACGGGGGCGCUGGACUUCAACAAUCACUCACACAGAGACCGUGUGAUUGGUCUGAUGAUGACAGCCUGUGACUUGUGCUCUGUCACCAAACUGUGGCCCGUCACACGGCUCACAGCCAAUGACAUCUACGCCGAAUUCUGGGCUGAGGGCGACGAGAUGAAGAAGAUAGGAAUGCAGCCCAUUCCCAUGAUGGACAGAGACAAGAGGGACGAGAUCCCUCAGGGCCAGGUGAGCUUCUAUAAUGCUGUAGCCCUCCCAUGUUACACUACACUGGCCCAACUCUUCCCAGUAGCCAAACCCCUCCUCAAGGCCUGCAGAGCUAACCUGGGCCAGUGGGAGCACAUCGUGGAGGGAGAGGAGCCUCCCGGCUGGGUCCCCGCCGACGUGGCCGACGUACCCGGCGAGGAGGAGGAGGCGGGCGAGCCUGGCCCCGUGAAGGUGGACAACUGAGCGAGCCCCGCGGAGCAUCCGGCCCCCCUCACCGGGCCCAGCCAACCCCACCCUCCACCCCUGCCGCAGACCGCCAAACUGCUCCUGCACUGCUGAGAGACAGACAGAUAGAGAGAGAGAAAGAUAAAAAGAGAGAGCACUCCAUAUAUCCUGCAUGGGACCGGAGGUGUGCAAAGGAGGUCGGGCGGGGUCAUUCAAAAAGGUGAUAUUGUUUUUAAUUUCACCACUGGAGAGAGAGAGAGAGAGACAACACAGGAAAACUAGAAAAGACGACGGCAAUGAGAAUACAAGACAAAGAAAACUUUUAAUACGUAAAUACAUCAAAAUAAAGUUACCUUUAUUGUUAUUUACAAAUAAAUAAAGUUACCUCACUGGGUGACGGAGGGUUGUUUUCCACCGCGGCUUCCCCAGAGCACAGCCGCCUGUGUAGGCACAGACCCGCACACCUGAAGUCCACUCCAUAUGGGAACCUGUCGUCUGACUGGACAGUGGCGGGAGUUUUUUUUAAUUUUAUUUUCGUUUGGUUGUUUUGCAUUUGCUGUUAGCAUUUUUACUUUUGUUUGUUUUGGUAUGGGCUUUUGUUUUCCUUUUGUUUUGUUUGUUAAUUUGUUUGUUUUUGUGGUCUUAUUUAAAGGGGCCUUAAAAAGCUGAACCCAUCUUUUAUUAUGGUGCGGAAUAUAUGUAAAAUCUUGACUAAACUGUAGAGAGUUCAGAGAGCAAAAUGGUACUUUUUUCCUGCUGUGGUCAACAAGUCAUAUGCCAAGCUUUGGACUUUUUUUAGGUUUGUUUGCUCUUUUUUUUUUUUUUUAACAGAGACGGAAGGAAUGUUUAGUGCAGAUGCAUGUGGCAAGGCCGAAUCACCACACUGCUAGUGUGUCUCAAGGAAGUUUCCUGUUACGCGGAGCAAAUUUUUUUUUUUUUGCAGUACUUGAAUGAAGAGAUACAGCCUAUUUUGUGUGAAGAUGGCACAAAUAAAAGAUCUAUAAAGUUCUAUAAAAAAGUUUCUGACACAGCUCAUGCAAGUGGGUUGUGAGGGGGGCAGCAUGGAUUUAAUGCUGAUCUCUGCGUGAACCAUAUGGAAGUCACAAAGUUCCCUGCCCCCCUCCCCUUCCCACACACCUCAACAGCCCCCCCCUUGUCCCCCCCCGUCCCCUGUCCCCCAAGGCCUGCGGUGUUGUAGAACCUGCUGUACAUGUUGGCUUUUGAUCAUCGUGUAAAAGACGAAGCUUUGGGGCAGUGGGCUCCAUCUUAGGACAUCCAAUGGUACAGGCACUUAACUGCACUGAGCUCUGUAGAUGCUGAACAGAAGGGCACGUGCAUGCACAUAUAUGUUCAAACACACACACACACACACACACACACACACACACGCACGCACGCAAACUCCCACAUGCACCCACACACACAAACACACCCCUCAUACACACACACACUUUGUUAUUGGCCUCCCAUUUGAAUGAACUGAGAGACACUCUUGUUGUGGGAGCUGUUGUCAUUUCAAUAUGGAGGGAGAAGAAGACACAGAAUAUGUUCUUUUUGUUGUUUCUUAUAAUAUUUAUUUUUCAACCAGAAUUGAUGAAAAUGCCUACAUCAGCCAUGGAAAGCCAUGUCCUGCCUUCAGUCCUGCUGUGUUUUCAAGUGUUUGUGUGGACAUCUCUGUGGGGAGAAAGGGAGGCACUCGAGACAAUGAGAGCAGAAGAGCACGGAGGAAAACGCCAGACUGACACCGAGCAGAUAGCUGACCCCUGAUCGAGUCAUGACAUUUGGACGCUCACCUAGAACCUGUUCGUGACCAUUUACCAAAAUCACGAUGUCUGAGGUCAAAAGCUCAGAGCAGCGGUCAUCGUUUGUUCACUCUUCCUUCCAGAUGCAGCAACAAAGCGAUGACGAGCGUGCUAAGUGGAAAUCUGCGAGGUCGCACACCAGAUCUGAACCUGAAUCUCACCCCCCGUUACUGGGUGUGGGAGAAGACCAGGGACCCAAAUCACACUGUGGAGCGGGACGCUGUCUAUUUGCGGGCGGCCUGACCUGACCUUCGAGUCGCGGCUGGGGCGUACGUGUCGGCCCUGCCAGCACAACACAUCUGACAAAACAAUUGCUGUAAUGUUGUGACACUGCUAUUCUGCCACCCUGCCCCAUCCCGAACCAACCCCCCCAACCCACCCACCCCUUCCAAAGCCACAAUGUCAGCGCAACACUGAGCAGACGUCAUGCUCUGAAGCUGGGAGGGGCUCUCCUUGGGGAGCGGAUCUUAUUGGUCAUUUAGUUUCUGAGAUGCAAGUCCGAGCUGACUAAUCACACAGUCUGCGAAACUGUGGACAGGGCAAACGAGUGAAUGUAAUUAUUAUAAUCACAAAAUAGUUUUGGAUGUGGUCUGGUUUAUGUCUAUGUGUGUUUGUGUGUAUGUGUGUGUGUGUGUGUGUGUGUGUGUGUGUGUGUGUGUUUUGGAGAGGGAUACACCUGUGGGUGUUAGUAACCUGUGUUACUUUUCAAAUCAGCUUCCAGUGUGGUAAACCUGUGUGUGUGUUUGUGUAUGUGUGUGUGUGUGUGUGUGUGUGUGUGUGUGUGUGUGUGUGUGUGUGUGUGUGUGUGUGUGUGUGUGUGUGUGUGAGAUCAUGUACAUGUGUUGUGUGAAACCUUGUUAGAUUUGGCAGAAGUAAGCUAUCCACUCUUAUGGUGCUAACUGUGGCAGUCAUGCACUUUCUGACUGUGUGUGCAAUGGCUUAUGACUGCCCUGCCCUGCCCC